AUGCAGCCUCAACUUGGCAUUGAGACUUCAACAUUGGUUCAAAUUGAAGAUGAAGACUCAAAUAAACCAUUGGACUUGGCACCUUACCUUCCUAUUUUCCAAGAGCUUGUCAACAUGAAUAAAGUCAGGAAGCACUUUGAACGCGGAUGCCUUGGUCAUUGCCAAGAUAUUCAUAUUGAGAAGAAAGGUCGUGCCACAGUAAACAAGAUUGUCAAACAACUACAUCUAAUCAACACCCAAUUUGACAUCGAGUUCCAUCUCCUUGUCUCAUCUUUCAAUCCAAAAACAAAGCUUGCCAAAGAGCUGUGGACGGAGGAACACAACUCCUGUAACUGGUGGGCCGAGUUAGUCCAAAACGAGCAUCAUCUACUGGAAAACUUUGCCAAGGAACCUACCAAAUGUCCUAGCAACGUAUUUAAAAAGCCUAAAGUACGAGCAGCCCCUAUCAAAGUGAAGGAGCAGACUUGUUUGCGCACAGAGCUCACGUUACGUCUCAACCAACUUGUCGUAUGCCUGCAAGUUCAUCGCACUCAUGACUGUCAAAUCACCAAUACCAUGCUUGAGAAGGGAGCUGCCCCGGGGAAUAUGAGCCUUGCAGACGUCCGGCUUUGGCUGGAAGAGAUUGCUGAAGGAAGGUAUGCAGUAGUUGUAGAUACUGAACAGUCUCAGUCUGUUAAUGUAUCAAAUUGGUAA